GGUGAACACACAAGAAUUCCAUCAAUUCUUGUACGAGUGUGUGUGUGUGUGUGUAAAAUGAAUACAAUUUUUUGAAGAAAAAAAAAAUUUUUUCUUGAUACAAAUUCAAAGCAAAAAAAAAGUUUGUGCAAUAAUAACAAAAUGGCUACCAUCGAAACGAAUGAAGCGUUUGUUCUUUAUGCUAAAGAUGAUGCACGUGUUGUCCAAUAUCCAGUACCAUCGAAUCCUGGCCCUAAUGAGGUUUUAUGUAAAACACUGGCUGUCGGUAUUUGUGGAUCGGAUAUUCAUUAUCUAAAAGAAGGACGUUGUGGAAAAUUCAUUGUCAAUGAACCAAUGGUACUUGGCCAUGAAACGGCAGCGGAAAUUAUUGCCACCGGAUCAGAUGUUAAAGAUUUUAAACCAGGUGAUCGUGUGGCUGUUGAACCAACGGUUCCAUGUGAAAAAUGUGAAUGGUGUACCAAAAACAAAUAUAAUCUUUGUCCGGAUGUAACCUGUCAUGCUACACCACCGAUUCAUGGUACAUUGCAACGUUAUUUUAUUCAUCCAGCUAAAUAUUGUUUCAAAGUUCCCGAUAGUUUAUCAGUGGAUGAAGCCGCCGUUGUUGAACCAUUAGCUGUUGCUGUACAUGGAUGUCGUCGUGUACCGAUCACAAAAGAUUCAACAGUUUUAGUCACUGGUGCCGGUCCUAUUGGUCUUUUGGUGAUGGCCACAGCUAAAGCUUAUGGUGCCCGUCGGGUAGUUGUCACUGAAAUCAAUGAAUAUCGAUUAGGUUUAGCACGUGAAAUGGGUGCCGAUGAAACGUUGCUUUUUGAUCGUAGUACAACUGAACAACAAAUGGUGGAUAAAAUCAGCGAAGCAUUUGGUGGAAAUUUACCCGAUAUAACAUUAGAAUGUUCUGGUGUUGGCAUUAAUUUUCGUGUAGUCAUGUUGGCCACUAAACCUGGUGGCCAUUGUAUGAUGAUUGGUAUUGGGCCAGCUGAUUAUAAUCUGCCAAUAGCUACGGCUUCAGCACGAGAAAUCACUAUUUUAGGUGCAUUUCGUUAUCAAAAUUGUUUCCCUGAAGCAAUUAAUUUAUUGUCAUCAGGACGUGUUAAAGUUGGUGGUUUGAUUUCACAUCGUUUUGAUUUCAAAGAUAGUCUUGAAGCUUACGAAACAGCCGCCGCUGGUAAAGGAAUCAAAAUUAUAAUCAAAGUAUAGAUAUAGAAAAAAAAAUAACAACAGACAGGCAAACGAUUUGCAAAAUACUAAAAAAAAUGCACUCUAUAAAUAAAAAUAAAAUAUCAAACAAAAAAUGAAAACAAAAACAGA